AUGGACGACGUAGUUGUCCAAGGCCUCCACGACUGCUUUCGCCUCAAGUGUAUCAAAGGCGUACUUCGAAUCGAUGAAAACGAGACACAGCGGCAUCUUGUACUCUCGCAAUACUUCUAUGAGUUUGAAAUUUGUGAGAAAGUUGUAUAUGUGGAUUACUCUUGUGAAGAGCUUGUAGAUGACAGACAGUAUGCAGAUUGGGCUAUAGUUGCCGAUGUAUUGUGGGUCUCCUUUCUCACACAACAGCUCGGUCUUACUGGUCUUCCACUGUUUAGGAACCUUGCAUUCCGAUUACCUUCGGAAUGA